AUGGCUGCUCUGUGGCUGCUCUCCUGCCUGGCGCUCCUCGGCGCGGCUCAUGGCUGUGGUGUGCAGGAAAUCCAGCCCAUCAUCAGCAGCUACGCCCGCAUUGUGAAUGGUGAGGAGGCGGUUCCGGGCUCCUGGCCCUGGCAGGUCUCCCUGCAGUCGGCGACAAACAGCUGGCACUUCUGUGGCGGCUCCCUGGUCAGCCAGCGCUGGGUGGUGACAGCUGCACACUGUGGAGUGACAAAAUCCAACGUGGUGGUGCUCGGGGAACACGACCGCAGCUCCUCCCAAGAGAAAGUGCAGAAACUGGCCAUCCAGCAGGUUUUCACCCACCCGCAGUAUGACUCCAGCACUGUCAAUAAUGACAUCGCGCUCAUCAAGCUGGCCACGGCGGCGGUGCUGGGCAGCACUGUGGCCCCGGUGUGCUUGGCAGCUGCCGGGGAGCAGUACCAGAGCAGACAGCGCUGCGUCACCAGCGGCUGGGGCAAGACCCGCUACAACGCUUUAAGCACCCCAAGCAAACUGCAGCAGACGGUGCUGCCCCUGCUGACUAACCAGGAGUGUAAAAACUACUGGGAUGGCAACAUCCUGGACUCAAUGAUCUGCGCUGGAGCAGCCGGCUCCUCCUCCUGCAUGGGUGACUCUGGUGGCCCCCUUGUUUGCAAGGAGAACGGAGUCUGGAAUCUGGUGGGCAUCGUGUCCUGGGGUAGCAGCAACUGUGCCACCACCUCGCCAGGUGUCUAUGCCCGUGUGAGCCUGCUACGCCCAUGGAUUAACAGCAUCAUGGCCAACAACUGA